UGUUAGACUUGUUUUAUUCAAAAGGCCCGAUGCAUUAGAGUACACAUAUCAUUAAAUAAAAUGCUAGUGUAAACCUUACAGAGGUAUCUAAAUUUCUACAGAGAUAUCCAAUUGAAAUACAAAAUCUGGAUUUUAAAUUUGUGUGGCCUUGGUUCUAUUUAGAGAAAGAGAAACAAAACCGUACAAACACGUCAUUGCUGCGCAGUUGAUUUUUCAUUUCAUGGUGAUAGUUCGAAGACGUCAUUUUCAGUAGCUCCUUUCCAUCUAGGGACAAAAAGACAUGUCUGCAGAAGAAAUUCAAGUGUUUAUAAAGGGAAUAUCAGCAAGUACGUCAACCAUACGCAUUGCAAAGAAUGCUACGAUAGCGGAAUUAUUUCAAGAAUAUUCAGAGCAUAUUGGAUUGACAGGCACUUUUGGAUUAGUCUAUGGAGGCAAAGAACUGAAAGAGACAACUGCAGAUGGAAAAGUAAUGCACCUCAAAGACUAUGGAAUAGAAGACGAAUCAAAUAUCGGUGCUGUUCUACGUCUUCCCGGAGGUUCUGGAGGUUUCGAAAAACGCUAUGGCAACAAAGUAAAACUCUCAAAAAGAGACGAUAUGCUGGGUAUUGACGAUCAAGCUGUAGAUAUGCCAUGUGGUCAUGCUAUUGGACCCAAUUCUAUGACAUGGUAUGUAAAAGAACAGGUGGGGCCGGAACAUAGUAAGUAUCAAAUAUGCUGCCCGGCUGUGGUAGAUGAUACAAUGAACGAAACCUGUAAACAACCGUGGGGUUUCAAAAAGGUAAAGAAGGUGGCACUAUUCACUAAAGAUGAAAGAACAGACGUUGAAGGGAAGAUAUCGAACAACUACAUACGUAUAGCUUUGAAAAGCAAAGUAUGCCCAAAGUGUGAGUCCUUCUGCGUGAGACAAAAUAAAGCCAAUCCUCGUGUAGUAUGUACAUACUGCACAUCUAAGACGGGGACAAAGUUUGAAUUUUGUUGGGCAUGUCUCCGUCAGUGGAAAACAUCCGGGACAAGCUCUUGCGGCAACGACAACUGCGAAGAUCAAUCACACAACUCUACCGGCACUUGUGCAAGCAGUUUAUUUCAGAAUUUCAGGGACAUGAUUGGAAGAUGGCGAGACAAUACAGGCCAGUUUUUUAUGGAGUUGCUUGUAUGCUACGGUCCAAACUUUAUGUAAUUCUCAAACAAGAUUUUCGCUGACUACAUAUCAAAUAUUUAAAGUUUAAUACACACAAGGCACAUAAACGCUUUACUUUCUAUCAACAUUUUAUUAUUUUAGGAUACUGUUUCCAAGUUUUCAAACUUCUCUAUGUACAAUGAUAUUCUUUCACAUUAAGCAGAAAAUAUUGUACUGCCAUUUUGGAACAAUUAAUUUCGUGGUUAAGAAAUUUCGUUACGGCUACUUCGCUGGGAUAUGAAUUGUUGGAAUUUUAAUUUUGAAUAUAAAAUGAACGGGAUUUAAUUUCCUGGAUUCAUUCAACCACGAAAAUUAGUUCCCAAAGAAUAUCAAUAAUUUCACAGUUGUGUUUUAUGUAUAUAAUUCUAUUAUUUCAUUAUUUUUAUGUUUCUGUGAAAUGAAUGACUAUAUUUCAUUGCAUCAUCUUUUCUCAUCGCUUGCAAAAAUGAGAAAAAAGUAUAAAAAGUUUUAAAAAAAAAAGUAAAAAGACAUAAAACAUUAAAAAAAAUAUUGUAUAUAUAAUGAAAGCUUUAUAUCAUGUUUGCUGAUGUUUCUGUUGUUGUAUAUGCAUUGAUUUAUUGUUCUUGAAUGUAAGCUUCUUUGUAUUAUGGGUUUUGUACAUAUUGUGCAGGAGUGUCCGAUUUAAUGUCAGGCUGAUUAACUCAUACAUUUAGAUAGUGAUAAAUAUGUAGACAAAUCAUGAAAGUCUUGGUGUUAGGUGAUAUAUAGUAUAAGUAGAUAUUUCUGUGUUUGAUAUGCUUGCUUGUUGAACAGAUUUCCCUAAUAUGGUUACUAUGUUGUAUUGAACUUCAAAAUACAAUUUAUAAAAAUAUCAUAAACAUAUAGGAGAGACGUUUCAAUAUGAAAUUUGAUAAUACAUAACAUUUGUUUAUGUUUAGUUAAAGUUUAAGGCAGUUCUGCACGUUCAAAUUUUUUUCUACAAUUUAGCAUUUGAUUAAACUCUGAUUUUUUAAAACUUCAGAAUAUACCCAGCAAAUAAAAAUAAUAGGCACGUUUGCUUGAUUUUUUAGCUCACCUGAGCAAUGCUUAUGGUGAGCUAUUGUGAUCACGCUGUGUCCGGCGUCCGUCGUGCGUGCGUGCGUGCGUCCGUCGUCAACAAUUGUGUUUAAAAGACAUCUCCUCCAUUGAAUGGAUUUUGAUGAAACUUGGCAUGGUUGUUUCUUGGAUGGUCCUCUACCAAAGUUGUUCAAAAGGUUCCGCUUGGUUGCACAUAGGGGCCGCCAGAGCUAAAUAUAAAAAAAAAUUCAAACAACAUCUCCUCCUUAAACGAUUGGCCGAUUUUGAAAUAAUUUCACACAAAUGGUCCUUAUGUCACCCUCUAUCAAGAUUGUUCAACUUAUUUUGAUUCGUCGAAAAACAUGCCGCCAGAGGGCUUGGUCACUUUUCCCUAUAUGUAUAUGGUAGAAACUUUAAGAUUCUUCUUGUGUGAAACUGCUGGCCCAAUUUUAGAAUAAUUUUACACAAAUGGUCCUUGUGUGACCCUCUACCAAGAUUGUUCAAAUUAUUCCGAUUGGUCCAAAAACAUGCCGCCAGAGGGCGUGGUCACUUUUCCCUAUAUGUAUAUAGUGAAAACUUAAAAAAUCUUCUUGUGUGAAACUGCUGGCCCGAUUGUAGAGUAAUUUUACACAAAUGGUCCUUGUGUGACCCUCUACCAAGUUUAUUAAAAUUAUUUUGAUUCGUCAAAAAACAUGGCCACCAGAGGGCAUGGUCAUUUUUCCCUAUAUGUAUAUAGUGGUAAUUUUAAAAAUCUUCUUGUGUGAAACUGCUAGCCUGAUUUUAAAAUAAUUUUACACAAAUGGUUCUUGUGUGACCCUCUACUAAAAUUGUUCAAAUUAUUCCGAUUCGUCAAAAAACAUGGCUGCCAGGGGCGUGGCCACUUUUCCCUUUAUGUAUAUAGAAGAAACUUAGAAAAUCUUCUUGUAUAAAAUUGUUAGCCUGAUUUUAAAAUAAUUUCACACAAAUUGUCUUUGUGUGAUCUUCUACAAAUACUGUUCAAAUUUUUCUGAUUCGUCAAAAAACAUGGCCGCCAGAUGGCGUGGUCACUUUUCAUCAACAAUUUCUUUAAAUAACAUCUCCUCCAUAACUACUGAAUGUAUUUUGAUGAAACUUUACACAAAUGAUCUCUUGGUAGCCCUCUUUCAAAGUUGUUAAAUGGUUCCGGUUCAUUGAACAUACAGGUUUGUUUGGUUAAAAAUAGGUUUUCGGCUAUCAGACUUUAAGAUCCUUUUCUCUACAGCUUUGAUAAUUGGCAUAUGAUAUAAGGGUUUGACUUUUGACUCUCUACCAUAAAUGUCCAAAUUGCCCUAAGGUCAAUAAAAUGGCCAUGCCCGUGUCUGACAUGUACUUACUAUAGGCUUAUAUAUAAGAAACUUUGAAAAUCUUUUUCUGUGAGUCAAUAAUAGCUAGAGCCUUGAUGUUUGGCGUGUGAUAUCAGAUUUGUAAUGUCUACCGUAAUUAUUCAAAUUAUUGCCCGAGAUUCAAAAAUGUGGGUGACAUGUAUAUAAUAUAGGCUAACAUAGAAGAAAUCUAACUCUGUACUUAUAUAAACACACUUGAAGCCUUGUACACAGGUGAGCGCUUUAGGGUUAAUGACCCUCUUGUUUGCUAGACAGAUUUGAAGAAUUUGGUCUCAUGCAAUUUUUCAUAAUGAGAGUCUAUGGGAAUAUCAUAACUUUCAUAACAUUUUCGCGAAUAGAAAUGUUUCUACAAUGUAGAAUUUAAUGAAACUUCUCACAAUAUGGCCAAUAAUGUAGUGAAAUAAAAUGUAUAGGUCCGUUUGCUUAUUUUUGAGAUAUUUGACCUUGAUUAAAGUGAUUCGCACUUUUCAUGCUAAUUUUAAAACACUUUGAAUUACAUGUAUUUAACGUGUCAGAUGUUUAAAUAUAUUAUUUCAACUUUAGAAAGACAGUAACAGUGCCGUUAUAAUAAAUUUACUCACAUGUUGCUAUUAAUUCAUAAGAUGACGCCGAAUCCAGGCUUUAUUCUACGUUUUUCGGAUAAAUGACAUUACGUCAUCACUUCCGACUUAUCAAACGUGAAGAACUACCUUAAAUGAACAUGAUAUCCUCCCCCACGCCCCUGUAAGUGAAAGGGUAUAUUGGAAUCACUUUGUACAAUAUGUCUGUCCUCUUCCGCAUUUAAUUCUGCUGUAAGCGGAUCGAAUGAUAGACAGCAAAGAAAGAUAAUGAAAAGCUCUCUGCAGUAUCUCCCAGUUUUGUAUUUAUUUUUUUCACACGAUUUCCCACUGCUCAGCUUCUGAAAUAUAUUUUAAAGAGAAAGAGCAAGGUUCAGUAAAACAACUCUGUUUUGAAUAUUAUAAAAUGUAGUUAGUUCUUUUCCAUAUCGUCAAACUGUACAACUUAUUGACCUAAAAUGUUUCUAUAUUUCAUGGCUUUGUAUCUUAUAUUCUACUUUCCCAUCUGAUAGUAAAGGCGUCAGGUACAUGAUUUGCAUACUGAAACACGCAUAUUAAGAAGAUUUUCAAAUUCUUUGUUCUACUCAUUAUGAUAGCUGCACAACAUUUUGAACAACACAAAUAAUUGUAAAAUGAACUUUUAAAGUUUUUGCCCAUUUUCAAUCAGAUAUCAGACAUUUAUCAAUGUACCCUUAGCUGUUAUUUGGGUCUCAAAAUUUGCAAAAAUGAUUGUUUGGAAGCUUUCUGGCUGCCAUUAAUAAGUAGGACAUUAAGUAGAGCCUUUUUUAAAAAAAAUCUUAGAUGACACUGUACAUUUUUAAUGUAAAAAUAGAAAAAUCAAAGAUACGUGGGUAAAGAUUGUACAAAGUGAUUUUUACAAAUUUGUCAUCAUCUUCAUUACAUUAAAUAUAUCAUGUUUUUGUAUAUAAUGUCAUCCUUUCAUUAUAUAUGUGUAACUGUGCAAUGAAUGAUCGUGUCGAAAGAAACAGAGGUGUGUGCUUGCUUUGGUAUUACAAUUGCACUGCAUCAUUUGUUCUCAUCACAUUAAAAAGUCAUGGAGAAAAGCAUAAAAAAAUAUUUUAAAAAAUGUUUUAAAACAAAAUGUUUUAGAAAAGUCAACAUUUAUGAACAUAUUGCAAACAAAUGUUACAAGAAACAUGUAGGUUAUAUUUACUCAUAUUGGUGGUGGUGUUGUUGAUUGUAAAAAGUGAUUUUUACAAAUUUGUCAUCAACUUCAUUACAUUGAAUAUAUCAUGUUUUUGUAUAUAAUGUCAUUUUUUCAUUAUAUUUGUGUAACUGUAGAAUGAAUGAUCGUGUCGAGAAGAAACAGAGAUGUGUGUUUGCUUCGGUAUUACAAUUUCAUUGCAUCAUUUGUUCUCAUCACAUUAAAAAGUCAUGGAGAAAAGCAUAAAAAAAUAUUUAAAAAAAAUGUUUUAAAACAAAAUGUUUUAGAAAAACAAAGAAAAAUAUCAAACAGGGAAUGCCACGCACCAAAAGCGCAGCCUCCUCAAAACGAACCCCCCAGAAAAAGUCAACAUUUAUGAACAUAUUGCAAACAAAUGUUACAAGAAACAUGUAGGUUAUAUUUACUCAUAUUGGUGGUGGUGUUGUUGAUUGUACAAAGUGAUUUUUACAAAUUUGUCAUCAUCUUCAUUACAUUAAAUAUAUCAUGUUUUUGUAAAUAAUGUCAUCCUUUCAUUAUAUUUGUGCAACUGUGGAAUGAAUGAUCGUGUCGAGAAGAAACAGAGGUGUGUGCUUGCUUUGGUAUUAAAAUUUCAUUGCAUCAUUUUUUCUCAUCACAUUAAAAAAGUCAUGGAGAAAAACAUAAAAAAAUACUUGAAAACAAAAUGUUUUAGAAAAGUUGACAUUUAUAAAUAUAUUGCAAACAAAUGUUACAAGAAACAUAUAGGUUAUAUUUACUUAUAUUGGUGCUGGUGUUGUUGAUUGUACAAAAUGAUUUUUACAAAUUUGUCAUCAUCUUCAUUACAUUGAAUAUAUCAUGAUUUUGUAUAUAAUGUCAUCCUUUCAUUAUAUUUGUGUAACUGUGGAAUGAAUGAUCGUGUCGAGAAGAAACAGAGGUGUGUGCUUGCUUUGGUAUUACAAUUUCAUUGCAUCAUUUUUUCUCAUCACAUUAAAAAGUCAUGGAGAAAAACAUAAAAUUUAAAAAAAAACAAUGUUUUAGAAAAGUCAACAUUUAUGAACAUAUUGCAAACAAAUGUUACAAGAAACAUGCUAGUUAUAUUUACUCAUAUUGUUGGUGGUGUUGUUGCUUUAGUUCACGCAGUUAGUUACUUAAUUAGAUACUUUUGAAAGUAAUAUAUGAGCCGCACCAUGAGAAAACCAACAUAGUGCAUUUGCGACCAGCAUGGAUCCAGGCCAGCCUGCGCAUCCGCACAGUCUUGUCAGGAUCUAUGCCUUUCGAUUUCAAAGCCUAUUGCAAUUAGAGAAACCGUUAGCGACCAGCAUGGAUCCUGAUGCAAAUGCACUAUGUUGGUUUUCUCAUGGUGCGGCUCAUAUAUAUUAUAUUAAGGGUAAAUAUACCAAAAAACUAUGUAUUUAUAAUGCAAGAGAGGCUAAUGUUAUGUUAAGUCAAUGCAAUCUUCAGUAAAAAAUAUGUUGACAAUAUCAUCGAUGUAAGGUAAUAAGCAAAAAGAGUUUAAGCGUAAAGAAUGGUUUGAAUAAUUCUUUGUUUUAUAUGUUUACUUAAUUAUUUACUUAUUGCACGUAAAGUGUGUUUUGUAUUAUAAGAAUAUUUCACUGGUUGCGGGUAAAGAUGGAAAUAUCAGGCACUCGGGUAACUGUUUAGGCGGUAACGAGGCUCCUUUUGCGGGUCAAUAUCGCUUUUUGCGGACCCGAGCGUGUACCCCUUUCGUCCAAUCAAAUUAGCGCAUUCAAGAAGGGUAUAUAAUAUUUUACUUAAAGUUUAAAUGAACAUGAUAUUUUCCCCCAUCAGGGAAAAGGUAAAUUGGAAUCACUUUGUACAGUCUUUCUGUCCAUUCAACCAUCUGUCCUCCGCAUUUCAAUCCGCUGUACCCGGGCAAUGAUGGCAAAGAGGGAUAUACCGUUUUCUAUUUAUUUAUUUUUUUCACAAGAUUGCACACAACUAAACUUCUGAAGAAAUGUUCAACGUAUGUACAUGAAAUAUUUCUAUAUUUCAUAGUUGUGUAUCUUAUAUUCUACUUUCCCAUCUGAUAGCAAAGGCGUCAGGUAUAAAAUUUGGUACUGAAGCCAUGUAUAUUAAAAAGAUUUUCAAAUUCUUGGUUCUGCCAGGGAUGCUAGCUGCACAACAUUUUGAACAACACAAAUUUAUAAUUCUGAUGUGAGAUUUUUUGUAUUGUACUUACAAAACUAUCAUGAACAUAAAUUGGAGAGGCGUUUUUAACCAUCUUCAGGUAGAUAUCAGACUUUUUUCAAUGUAACCCUCAGCUGUUAUUUGGGUCUCAAAAUUUGGAAAAAUUGAUUGUUUUGAAGGUUUCGAGAGAGAUGUUUUGAAAAUUUCUUAGAUUACACCGUUCAUUUAUAUAAAAUAAUCAAUUAUGCAUUGGUUCAGAUUGUACAAAGCAAUUUUCCUAAGAAAAAUAUGUGUCGAUCAUGGAUUUCAAAUCUGGGUGUUUUCAAAAUUUACAAAGUUUUCUAUUAAGUAAGAUUUUAUAGUUAGUCUAUAUAAAUAGCAUGGUGGCAGUACAUAUCUUCUGUUGACUGUCGCAGUUUAAUGUAAAUUAUUAUUUAUGAUAGUUAUAUUGUGUUCCACUGUCCAUCUUUCAAGGGGUCUAUGCAAUACAUUUGUUUGCAACCGUAAAUUCAAUAGAGAAUGGAUAUAUAUUUCUAAACUAAAUUGAAAGCAGCUGUAUUAUGUCUCAUAAAGGAUAACAUAUCUUGUUUUCUCAACAGAUUAUUUAUUAUUAAAAAUAUAUUCCUAUUCGAUACAUAAAUUUUGACAGAAAACUGAUGUUUAGGAUAAUAAGUUUGCAUCUCAUCCGUCGUUCAUUUCGUUCUAUUUUGUCAGGUCUCAAAGUCAAUGUCAGAUAUAAAGGUCGAAAGUUUUAUUCCUUUUCUUUUUGUCCGGAAUAUAACUUUUCUAUGCAUAAAUGGAUAUUGAAAUAACUUGACACACAUAUUCACCGUUCUCUUACAAUAACGAUCAAUGUCACAUUUAGAGGUCAAAUAUUUUAGGUAUUUUUCUUGUCCGGACUAUAACAGUUUUAUUCAUACAUGGAUGUUAAAAUAAUUUGUAACUAACAAGACAAUGUCAAAGGCAAAACUAUUUCCUGAAAGUCUAAGAUCAAAGGCUUUAUGCAUUUUGGUUGUUUGGUCAACAGCCUUUUUAUGUAUGCAAAUUUGCUAAAACUAGAUUAAUGAGUCCGACUCUAGCGUAAAGAAAAAAGUAAGACUUAAGAGGUCAAAGAUUGUUCGUAGUUUUGUUUUCCACUCUACAACUUUUUAUGCAUAAAUGAAUAUAAAAAUUUAGAUAAUUUUGUGCUAAGAAACAAUGAAACGUUUGUUUUUAACAACAAACUUCAUAGAAAUUCCACAUCUUUAUAAAGGUGGUAAUUUCUUCUUACUGACGCAGUAAGGGACUUUGUAUUGUCUGGUAAUACGUCCUUCUAUUGAUUUAUUAAGGUCUUCUGAGACGAGACAGAAAUAAAAAAUAGGUUACCCACAUUCAUCUUCCUUUGCUUUUACAGUCCCAGCACACUUCUGGUACAUGUGCAUGCCAUAUAUGUCAGGUAAACUGUAUACUUGAAAAUGUCAUAUAGGGAAAUACCAGUUGAAUUAUAUAUAUCAAAAUCUGCGCGAAAGACAUAAUAUCUUAAUAUCAGCUAAAAUGUUACAAAAAGUGAACUAAAUGCCCGUUUGUAUUGAAGAUCUUUUAGAAAUUUGGAAUACAACCAAGAAAAUGGUUUGCAGACUUUUCGACAAUUUUGAUUUUUUUUUAAUUUUAGUUUUGAAUACGCCUGAUAAUUGUGACAAAGGAAAUAUCAACCAAAAACUGCACUUUUUCUAAAGUUUGUUAUUAUGCAAGAGAGGCGGAUAUAGUUAAUGCAUUCUUCAGUAACAAAUUUGUUGAAAAUAUCACCGAUGUAAGGUAAUAAGCAACAGGAGUAUAAGUGUAAAGAAUGGUCUGGAUAGUUCUUUAUGUACUUAUAAAACAGACUGGCCCGGUUUAUAUGUAUUGUAUUGCCAUCGAAAUAUUUCUAUAAAAUGCUUCUUCCCCUUCCGUUUGGAUCCGUCCAUGUUUACAAACACGUUUGUUUAUUUUAUGGACUGUAUAUUCUACUUCAAAAAUAGCAUUUCUGAAAAUAGCAUUCACACAACUUGAGAAAAGCGAUUGUUUAUGUUUGCUUGAUUAAAUGUAUUUCACUUGUUUAAAUGUACAACCAGAUUUGUUUGAAAGGAAAGGGAUGUUGGAAUCACAUUGUCACUUUACCGUUUCUAUAUUAAAGAGAAUAAAUAAUUGAUACACGGCAAAGACCAGGUUAUGAUGUAACUAUUGUUUGAAAAAUAAUACAAUUGUCCCCAUUUUUAUGCCCCCGAAGGGAGGCAUAUAGUUUUUUGAACCGUCUGUCAGUCUGUCGGUCUGUCAGUCGGUCCGCAAUUUUCGUGUCCGGUCCAUAUCUUUGUCAUCCAUGAAUGGAUUUUCAAAUAACUUGACAUGAAUGUGUACCACAGUAAGACAACGUGUCGCGCGCAAGACCCAGGUCCGUAGCUCAAAGGUCAAGGUCACACUUAGACGUUAAAGGUCAUUUUUCAUGAUAGUGCCUUCGUGUCCUGUCCAUAUCUUUGUCAUCGAUGGAUGGAUUUUCAAAUAACUUGGCAUGAAUGUGUACCACAGUAAGACGACGUGUCGCGCGCAAGAUCCAGGUCCGUAGCUCAAAGGUCAAGGUCACACUUUUAGACAUUAAAGGUCAUUUUUCAUGAUAGUGCAUUCGUGUCCGGUCCAUAUCUUUGUCAUCCAUGGAUGAAUUUUCAAAUAACUUGGCAUGAAUGUGUACCACAGUAGGACGAUGUGUCGCGCGCAAGACCCAGGUCCGUAACUCAAAGGUCAAGGUCACACUUAGACGUUAAAGGUCAUAUUUCAUGAUAGUGCAUUGAUGGGCGUGUCCGGUCCAUAUCUUUGUCAUUCAUGCAUGGAUUUUAAAAUUACUGGGCAUGAAUGUGUACCACAGUAAGACGACGUGUCGCGCGCAAGACCCAGGUCUGUAGGUCAAAGGUCCUAAACUCUAACAUCGGCCAUAACUAUUCAUUCAAAGUGCCAUCGGGGGCAUGUGUCAUCCUAUGGAGACAGCUCCUGUUUAUUUUUAUUUUUUGCAAAUUGCAAACAAUAUCUGCUUGGAGUAUAAAAUGAAAACGCCCAAAUUUCAAAAAGUUUUUCUCCAUCUUGAAGAUUAUAAAAUUAAAAUUUACUUGCUUUUGAUGUUUAUUUUCUUACUGAUUUCGUCACAAUUUCAAACCUAAAUAAUUAAUAUUGUAUAGUUACUGCCAAUUAGUAUUAUUGUGAAUUCCAGUUAUAUUUAACAAGAUAUAUCAAAUAUCUGAUACAUUUAUGAGAUUAUUCAACAAUAUCUGUAAGAAGAUCCUUUGGAAGUAGAUCUAUAGACAGCAACCAUUCAAAAUAAUAGCUGUUCAUGAGAGGUAAUGUAAUGUGCAACAUCCUUGCCGCCCCUAGCAUUGGCUUAAACGAAACUAUCAUUCAGAAACAUUGAAUGGACCCAGUAAUCCCAAACGACCAGAAAAUAUAACACCACCGAGUCCAAGUACGGGGGGACAUUUUACGAUCGCCACAUAGCAACCGCCGUUGUGAUAGUUAAGAAAUAUAUAAGAAAAAUAGUUUAGAAGCAUAGAAUUUAACCACGCAAAAUAAUAACAGAGGUUAUGAAAAGUGCAUCACCCCUCAUGCCCGUCAAAUCGUAGAUGGUAGUGGAAAAGAUUUGCCUAGAUUUCUGUUUGAAUUCCUGACUGUUAGUGGUGUUGCUCAGCAUUCUGAAUUCUCAACUUUUAAUUUCUCUAAGUAUCUCUAGUAGAGUUUAACUAUAACAUGGUAUUUUCCAUUUUCAACAUAAGCAAUUUUGGACAUCAGAAUUCGGUUCGACACCAGUUGUUGUCAAGUCUUAAGAAACGUUUCAGAAUAUCUUGGGGUAUAUACUUUCAUGUAAAUUUAUGUGUUGAUCAUGAAUUUCAAUUUAACCUUUUCAUCUUCAAAAUAUUACCAUCCACGGGUAACUGAACCAUAGAUUAUUUUUGCUUUUUGCAGAACUAGGAAGAAAUUCACGGAAAAUAUCGUGUCAUUGUAUAACUCUGAUGUAUUUUCAAACAACUAUUAUAGAGAUAUCAACAUCAACUAUCACAAUACUAUUUGUUUGUACAUAUCUUGCUAUUGUUAAAUCCAAAAUGUGUAACAGAAAAUAAUUCUAUUUUUUCGAUGACUAGAUGUGCAAUUAAUUGCAAUUGUAUAUUUUCCGUAUCAAUAGACUAUAUCAACAUUUUACUGAUAAAAUCAGACAUAUUUGUGAUUGAUUCAGUUUUUUGAUUUUCAAGUUUAAACUCUUUUCUCUUCAACAUAAUUUAUGGAUAAAUUAAAACUAUGGCUUGUUGUAGUAGAUAAAUUUGGUUGAAUGAAGUAAAUUACUUUAUUUUAAUUUGAUAGAUUAACUUAGUAAAUUACCUAAUGCAAUUAUCGAUAGUUCCUGUAAAAUCUCGAAAACAGUCUCAGUUUGAUACAAGGAUAUUCUUUUGAAGUGUUUAUGAUCAGAUGAAUUUAAAUCUUACGAAAAUAUCUGAUUUUACACUAAAUGUCAAGAGAGAAUUUAGUCAAGGUAGCUCGAGAACUUCUUGUACAUUAACUGAAAUAUGUUAAAAGUCAAAUACACUCAUAGAAAAUUUUAAAUAUGAAUGACGAUGAAAAUAUUUUUAAGGAGGUAGGUUACCUUAAUAUUUGUAUGUGCGCAUGCCAAACCGGAAGCUAACUUGACGAUUUACGACGACGUUUACGACAAACUAAAUGUGUUAGUAUAUCCAUUCUUCUGAAAAUAAAUCAUGUACCUGUCUCCGAAUUGAUGCUUAAUGGUUAAUUAAUGCAGAAAUAAUUAAUAAAUUGCCGCAGAAACGCUUCAAAACAUUGUUGCCUUAAAAUGACGUCAUGACGUUACGUGUCAGUUACCGCGUAAUAUUAAUAGCUUUUAUUUUGAAAGUACGUAAUUCUGUAAAUGUUCUUUAUUUGAACUAUUUUCAAACUGCCAUUAUUUGCUGAAAUAUUUUUUAUGAGUCUUUCGCUCUAACAAGUAAUCAAUAUUUUGCUUCUUUUUUGUAGUUAUAUUGAAAUGUUAUGCAGAAUGUAAGAACAUGGAUGAUGGUAAGCGGUGUUAUUGGGAAUAUAGGUGGGUGAAAGGUUACCCAUUACGGCCAUUUUCAAAUAAAAAUUGGGCAGUUUGAUUUGUAAUACCUAUUUUUCAGUUUCCGUUGAUAAUUUGUUACUUAUAUACUAAAUCUAAGCUCUAAAAUUGCUAAAAUUUUAGUAGACAAUUGUGGUUUCUUAAAUUAAAUUGAUGUUACCAUGGAAACGAAUCCCGUGACCUAUAUAUCUAAAUGUAAAAUUCAAAAGUGUUGACACUUGUCUAUCUAAGGAACACAGUUUCAGCUUUUUAUUUGCAUAUUACCAGUAUCCAUGAGAAUCUUUGCAGCAUGCAGAACGAUUUUUCCAUAAAAAAUGUCAGAUAAGGGGUACUGCUUUCAGUAUUUUAAGCUGCGAAAAUCGUUUAGAUAAAUACAAAUAACACGGAAAUAUUACUUACCUUAGAAAUAAAAUGUUUUAAAGCUACACUAACAAGAAAUAUACUUUUAUUUAAUAUUUUUUAUAAGAAAUUACAAUAAAAAUCAAGAUAUAAGCUAUUUUAAACAUCUCUGUUGCCAUGGUUACUUUAAACAUUUAGAAAAAUAAGGUACCAUGUAAAGGGCUUGGUAUUUUGCUAAUAAUAUUUCCCAAAUAUUACCUGUUGGUCAUUAACAGAAUGGCGCUGAAGCCGUCGAAAAACCCGUUUUCAUACAUAGCUGUUUAAAAAUGAGAGAAAAUGCGUUACCAUGGAAACACGAGCCCCGCGACAUAUACAUUUUAAGCUUAUAUUAGAAAGCUAACGCGCAUACUAGUAAAAUUAUCAAUUACGCAGACUUCUACGAAUGACAAUGAAACCAAAAUACACUGAAAAGUGUUAAAUAUCCGUAUUUUCCUUCUUCUUUCAGUAUAAGAUACAUUUGGAGGGUCAUGUACUUCAAACCUUAAUAAAGAUUUUACUUGAAGGGACAGAAAUAAACGAAAUUGAGAUUGUAGCAGUUAAAACAUUAAAUUACACGAAAUACAAAAAAUUGCUGCGGUUCGACUAAUUUGAAUUUACCCUGGUAACAAGGUAACUUACCUCCUUAAAGAAAUGUUAAAAACUAAAUUUUUCCUAUUAUAAUGAAAUAAUAAGUCAUAGGUGUUGAGAUGAUAUAAUAAAUGAUAUUCAGAAGAUCAAAACUUUACCAACAAAUAAAUGUUAUUUCGUUAUUAAUUGAUAAAGAUUAAAAGAUCAAUUCAUA